GGUGUUAUCUCAUGGAGUGUACCUAGUUAUAUUCCAUCAGACUAUCCCAUUAUCACAUAUGAGAUAGGAUAUCAUAUCUUAGAGUCUGGUAACUGUUCAAUGGUAGAUGAUGAUGACUUUGAUAUUCAAAUGCUACAGUUCUCUAAUUCAACCAAUGGCAAUACAUUUAUUACCAUUACUGGUCUUAAUGAUAUGUCUUGUUAUAUUUUUGGUGUACGUGCAUACACUGAUAGAGGACCAGGAAGUUGGAGAGUUGUUGCUAAUGAGACAUUGAUAAGUCAAAAUGUAUGCAUAGGAUCAAAUGAUGAAGAAGCUGUUGAUGGUGCUAGUAUUGGACUGGGUGCAGUGGUUGGAUUAUUAACAAUAUCACUAGUUAUUAGUAUCAUUAUUAACAUCUACUGCUUUAUCAAGUUUAAAUCUUACUAUGCUAAAGAAACAAAUAAAUUUAAUGAUGAUAUACCAAUGCAAGCAUGUGAAUCAUAUGUUGUACACAAGACUAAAGAUACUAAAGAUACUACAAAAGACUCAUUGUAUGAGUGUCCAGAUAUCAAUGUCUAUGAUGAUGCUAUUUAUGUAACAUAG